UGUUUCCUACCGCAGCCCACCGAAAAGUCAUCGAUGACGACUUCUUGUAGUUUACCAAUAAGUGACUGUUUUUAUUUAACUUUUUGCGAGUUCAGCGAAUCAAGUUACACAAGUUCAAUCACGACGAUGCCCUCUGAUUCCAGCUCCUACCGUCAGUGAGCCCCAAUUCCCCAGGGGAUUCUCCGCAAUCUGCGUACGUGGAUGUGCUUGGACUUGGAUGUUUGGGUGCAGAAGUGGAAGCGCAACGCUAAGAAACCAAUAGCAAUACGAAUCAGUUAAUUGCCGCGAUUACGCCUAAAUAGUCGCCUGAUAGCCCGCGUCGUCAUCACUAAGAAAGCACAUAUCGCUCUACAGCAGCAAGAAACAACAACGACGAGUGCGGGAAAAAAGACCGAAGAUGACUAAUAGUUCGGAAGGUAACGGAAUCGGGGGCCGGCGCAACGUCGACUGGCAGAGAUUCGGACUCGGUGGCGAUGAGGAUGGCGAAGUUGCUGUGGCCAAUUUCCGUCAGCGGACAAACAACAACAGCGGCGGAUUUGUAGAUCUGGGCAAUGAGUAUACUUACGCGGCUGGAGGCCACCACGCAUCCGGAGCUAAUGAGAUAUUUGCAGGAGAGCAGGGCGACAAGCCCUGGUGGCGUUCAAACUUCUUCAUCUCGCAGCCCGUGCUAUUUGGAACCUGGGACGGAGUGUUUACCUCCUGUCUCAUUAACGUGUUCGGCGUAAUCGUGUUCCUGCGAUCCGGAUGGAUCGUGGCUCAAGCGGGCAUCUUGAACGCUGUUUUAAUCAUCUUUUGCACGGUGGUCAUUGCUCUUGUUAGCGUGCUGUCAGCAAUUGGUAUUUGUGAGCGGUGUCGCGUGGAGAGUGGUGGCGUGUACUUCCUUAUAGCCCACACACUAGGUUCCCGCUUCGGAGGAGCAUUGGGUUUACUCUACUGCUUCGGCCAAGCGGUGGGAUGUGCCCUUAACGUGAUGGGGUUCGGCGAGUCUAUGGCUGGACUUGUGGGACUAGAGGGUAACAAGUGGGCCAUAAGGGGCUUCGCCACAGCAGCAGUACUCUUGCUAGGCUGCAUAAACGUGGCAGGAGUGAAAUGGGUUAUCAAAUUGCAAUUUAUCCUUCUUAUGAUACUACUUAUCUCGGCACUAGACUUCAUGGUGGGCAGCUUCAUCAGUGAGGCGGGCGGUGGAUUCGAUGGUUGGGUAAGUGGCAACUUUGGAGAAAAUCUAUGGCCUAAGUAUGACGAUGGCUAUUCGUGGUUUCGGGUAUUUGGCGUCUUCUUCCCUACUGUCACCGGUGUGCUUUCGGGCAUAAACAUGAGCGGCGACCUGCGCGCCCCCUCCACUGAUAUCCCCAACGGCACUCUGGCUGCUUUCGGCACAUCCACAUUUCUUUACUUAGUCUUCGUGCUGUUUCUAGGAGCUACUUGCCAGCGGAAUAUACUGUAUACAGACUACAUGAUCUCUGUCAAGGUGUCCGCUGCAGACUUCCUGCUACUGGCUGGUAUCUACGUAUCCAGCAUGUCUUCCUGCCUAGGUGCAAUGUACGGCACCCCUCGCGUUCUACAGAGUAUCGCUAAGGAGAACGUAAUUCCAGGCAUCGAUAUCCUGGGAAAAGGGCGUGGUCCUAACAAAGUGCCUUUAUACGCCAUGGCCAUCGUUGCCCUGGUCACCGUUACAUUCAUCAUCGUGGGGGACAUAAACUUUCUUGCGCCUAUCGUGACCAUGCCCUUUCUACUGACUUAUGCCUGUAUCGAUUACGCCUACUUUGCGUUAGCCCAGACCUUUGAUAUCCAAGAGCAGCGUGAGGAGCGCUUCCGCAUUCAGGCAUCCAGUCCAAGCUACGAAACUCGUCGUUAUGGUAGCGUAUCGGACGCAGGAAACGACCUGGACCUACUAUUUCCCGAUCGUGUGCGCCACAAAAACUUGCAGAGUCCUCAAAACUCCCCGCUUCACCAGUCCGUUCCUCUGGAUUUUGACACCGAAGGGCCCAGCACCUCCAAUGAGGCGCAGAUCUCAAAUACCUCAGAGCCUAGGAUGGGUAACGAGACUGCGGAUACUACGCUAGUCGCGGAACAAGCGGCUGAGCCGAUUGCCCCAAUCCGUCCACCGAUCCACUCUAAGACGAAAAACUGGUAUUCUGGUUACUGCAAUCGCUGGGCCUCGCUACUGGGGGCCUUCACUAAGUUGCUAGUCAUGUUGCUAGUGAACUGGUACUACGCCCUAACAUGCUUCUUAGUGGUGUUUGUUGUGUGGUUCUACGUGGGCACGGCCAAUCCGGCAGUGAAGCCGGGCCUUACUGCCGAAUUUAACUUCUUCGCCUGGCUCAAGAGCGUUAUAUUCAGGUGCUUCGGCAAACGAAUCAAUGAGUAUGAACAGAUCGUUGUGACACCAUCGUGUCCAGGAGUGGAUCUCUCGCCCACGCAACUCAACGAGGAAAAUGAGGACUUUCGCCCGCGGCCUAACUACCAUCACUCAUCCGUCAUCGAGGGCCGUCUAAUCGAUGACAUUUAGACCCCUUCCACGGAUACGGCGAAUAAGGGUUUAUGUUAACCUAUAUAGGAGGUGGGCGAAUGGUGCAGGCGGCGUAGCUGAGAAAAGUAAUAUUCAAGUGCAUUUCUAUAAAGUUGAACAGUACUAAACUAAGCUAAAGGUUAACUACAUACAUAUGAUGGUAUGUUGGUAAAUCUGUAAGGAUGUGUUUGAAUUAUUGCUAAUGAUAACGACAGCUGCGAUCUAAAUCUCGGUUUUAUUCUGUUUUUCUUGCUUUAAACAUUUUGUGACACUAUUUUCUCGAGCCCCUCUACAUUGGUGAAGCACGGAAAAUGUUGAGUUUUUAUAGAAAUUAAAAACAUUACAGAUUAGAUAGGGACAUUUAAUAUAUCGAUAUUUCUGGUAAUUAUCACAUUUUGAAAGUAUUAUUAGAGCUGUAAAUUAUAAAUAUCAAAUCGAGUUAUUUUGGCGACUUUUCUUGCGACCAAAAUCGCUUAAUCCAGUGCUUACCAUCGCGCCGCCCACACGCACACACCCUUCAUUGCACAUGCAAAAGCUCAGAGCAUUUAACUAAUUAUUUAAUUGUAAUAUUAGGUUUUGCAGUGCUUGCGUAGUUCUUUUAUAAUUACUUUUUGAUAGUGAUCGUAUAAAUUGCUGCUAUAUAGAUAUGUUUCCGGAGAAAAAAGUAAAUCGCAUUUUGAGGAGACAUAUGUGAUACUGAGAUAAUAAGUGAACCAGAAAUCAAACGCGAUGAUUUGGCGCCUUGCAUUUAAGAUGAGCACAUAAAAAGCACAGUGACAUUGAUACAGAACACAAAAACAUGCCACCCAUAACAUUUAACUUCUUACUUUAGCUGUAACCUGUACUAGAAACUCCAUGAACAAUAACAGUCCUCUUUGAUAAUAGUUCUCGUACUCCAUGUACUCACUUGGCAUAAGAAUCAGCAAUAACUGCACACUAUAUACACCAAAUAAAUGUAUAUAUAUUACACAACAUAUAUCCUAUAUAUACACCACACAAUUAAAUGUAACCAAACCGGGAUCGUUAAGAUGACGUAUAUUUUAAAAAUAUACCCAAUCGUAUCUCCUUUUUGUACGUGUUUAGUCUAAUUAACCCUAGUUAAACGAAAAAGUGAAUCACACGAAGAACCCACAUGUAAUAACAAUAACUGUGACGUGAAUUAAAUAUUUUGAUAAAUCUCAA